GUGGAACCUCUGUUGACCCAUGUAACUAUGACGGGAUGGCCGUUGUCCACUUGUUUGGUUCCAUCUAUUGUAACGGCGUGAUCACAGGGGGCAAGCUAGUCAUGGCAGAGUCUUGUGGCACUUACCUCAGACUGCUCACGAAAAAUUUCGAUACCAAUGUAAACUUUGCAAGUGGCUCAGAGACUUACACCAUUCAAAGGGGAACUUAUUCAGAAACCGUAUCUAAUGGCAUUACUAGAGUCGACCUUCCUGGCUUUGCACCCUCCGGCUGUUUCAAAGAGGCAACGCUGUUCGAUAAAAACACGCAGACUUUGGAUCCUGCAACCUGCCAAAUGGUCAGUUACGGGGGAGAAACCGUUGGUGAUGCGGCUUUUGACGGAAGUCUAGAAGCCAUAGACCUUACUAAAGUGGCAGGCAUUAAAUGCUGCAAGGUAAUCCCGCAACAGGCUCUUCAGACAGAAUACGCCAAAAUUCUUAAUAAAGAUGUCCCACUCAACUGUGUCACUUCCGCGGGAGCUGCCUGUGGGGUAAGUGCUUGAUUGGCUAAAAAAUAUUAAUCAGUUUAACGUGUCCAUUGAAACAAUAUUGAUCUAAUACUGAAAUUACUACGUGUAUCUCCUUUGAUAAUGUAUAGUUUCGAAUAACAAACAGCAGGAUGAAUAGAUCUAUCUCUGAGUGACAGAUCAGAAAAAGAAAAAUUAAUAUCUUUAGUUGUUAUGGUAACCAGAGGGGAACAUCCGCCAAAAUAAAAUACUUUUGUGUACCAGUACUAAGUGUCUCACUGUCGGACUACGAGGCAACAUAGUCUAUUUCACAAAAUUACUAAACUAAAAUGUUAAUGCCACUUGUGCUUGUCUUGUGUUGAGUGCUUGUGUGUGAGAGAAAGAAGGGCGGGUGGGGAAGGACUGAGAGCAUGAGAAAGAAAGAGAGAGCGGAAGAGGGAGAGAAAAGAGAGAGAGGAAGAGAGAG